AUGGUGGCCGAAGACCAAACAAACAACCGCACAGACCAAAUUAAACAAAGUCCAAAUGCUGAUAUGUCUAGGAAUAACCGGGGCAAUGUCUACUUGUCCUACCACAGCCUUAGAGACACUGCUAAACAUGCCUCCACUUCACAUAAGCGUGAAAAAAAGGCAAUUAACAGUACUCACAGGCUUUUCCAAACCGGCAAAUUUAAGCCUGGGGAUUCAAGUGGUCACCUGCGCAUCCUCGAACAAAUUAAACUGGAAAAUGCCAGCAAACCACGUGACCACAUAACGGCCAUGCUGGAUCUAGAAAUUCCAUUCAAAGUGAUCAUAGAUGAUCGCCAAUCAUGGGAGAAAAAAGAAGUACCAAAAGCCGACAAUGCAUCGCUAUGGUACACAGACGGUUCCAAACUAACAGAAGGAGCAGGACUGGGCGUGUCAGGCCCUAACAUUAAGAUCUCAAAGUCACUGGGCAAAUACCCUAACAUCUUUCAAGCUGAAGUGCUUGCCAUAGACAUAUGUGCAGAAGAGUGCAUCAACCAAGGCCUCCAAAGAAAACAUAUAUUUAUACUAUCAGACAGCCAAGCUGCUCUAAAGGCCCUGAAAGCUUUUAAAUGUGAUUCAAAGCUAGUCUGGGAGUGCAAACAAACCCUAAAGCGCCUUACAACAAAGAAUCAAGUAACACUAAUGUGGCUCCCUGGCCACCGGGGUAUAGAGGGGAAUGAAGAAGCCGAUCGCCUUGCAAAAAAAGGGGCUCAAACACCAUACUAUGGUCCAGAGCCAUACUGUGGUUUAAUGAAGACCCACAUCACCGAAGACCUAAACAGGUGGGAAAAAGAACAAUUGCUAUCGCACUGGAGAAGAGCACCAGGACUAAGACAGGCAAAAAAGUUUAUCACCACUUCUAGAAAAAGAGCUGAACAGCUCCGAGACAUGAACAGAUCAGACAUCAGAACAGCAGUCGGACUUCUAACCGGUCAUUGCCCAGUGAAAUAUCACCUAAAGGCAAUAGGUAUAACAGAGGACGACCAAUGUAGAUUCUGCAGCAAUGCCACAGAAACAGCAGAACACCUGCUCUGUGAAUGCCCGACCCAACUCUGCAAGAGGCUCAAGUACCUGGAAGGGGUAGCAGUGCUGAGCGGCGGAUCAGCCGAAACGACUCCCUUCUCAAUCUACAAUCUACAAUCUACGAUCAAUCAAGAAACAUAUGAUUUGUAA